GUUACUAUUUGCACAAAUAAAUAGUAUAUUGUGCACGAUCGUUCAUCAAAACAAUACGUUAAUAAAAUUUAAUUUCAAUUCGUUUAAGUUUACUUCAUUGUUAAAAUAUUUAAUCGUCUAUGAGUUGUAGUAGAAUUAAACAAACAAGUAUAUUAUGUUUGUGUUAAUGUAAUUAAGUCUUUUGUUAUGCCACCGUGGCAAUUAUUAUAUACAAAAUGUUAAUGGUGAAAGCUUUUUUGAUAUUGUCAAAAUCUUGUUACAAAAAAAUUUAUUGACAUGUUAUUUUUUUUGGUUGCAUAAAAAAUAUUUUGUUAAAUUUAAUUAAGAUAUACGUGAUAUGAGUCUUUCAGAGUCAGGAUGGAACACUUAUGACCCACCAGGAUUAAAUCGUUGGAAAAACAAUCCAAAUGGAUCAACAGUUUCAAAAAUGCAACACAAAUAUUGGGUGACAAAACAACAAGUACGAAAAAAAUUAGGAAAAAAAGAAGAUGAAUUUGUAGUCGCAUCUGAUGCGGAACUUGACGCUAAACUAGAAUUGUUCAAAUCUAUAAAAAGUAGUUGUCAAAAUUUACAAAAAAUUGUGAAUAAAUUUGACGAAAAGUUGUAUAAUUUAGCGUAUGAAGAAAAUCAAAUGGGUGUCUUCCUAAAAAAAUCAGGAAAUCAAGAUAAAACUAAAGCUGGUGAAAUGUUAAAGAUAUUAGGAUCUUGUAUGACAUUAUCCGGCCAAGAACGAGUCAUUUUAAGAGCACCACUGGCUAGACUUCAACAGGAAAUCGAAACAUUUUGCUUUAGGGCAGUCGAAGACACUUAUACAGAUGUUAAGCGCAUGGAAAACGCGCGAACAGACUACAGAGCAGCUUUAAAUUGGAUGAAAGACAUUUCACAGGAAUUGGAUCCGGACGCAAAUUUAGAUAGAUUUAAGAAUGUACAAAAUAACGUUAAGACUUCUAAAAAACAAUUUGAUCAUCAUAAAUUGGUUUGCUUACAAAAAGUUGAUCUUUUGGCAGCAGCUCGUUGUAAUAUGUUUUCGCAUGUUUUAAUUUUUUAUCAACAAAGUAUGCAACGUUUCUACGAGACAACAACAGCGUCAUUUGGAAAUGCCACAGUAGACUUUAAACAAUACCAACAUUAUGAGUUUAAAAUGUUAAAAGAAUUGCGAGCUAACUACACAGAUAAACAAUCGAGUAAAAAAGAAGAAACUAAAGGCGACGAUUCUAAUUUGUAUGUUGAGUUAGGUAUUGAAGCAGCUGUCCCUAACGAAGAUAACAAUGAAUCGACAUUGCUAUCAUUAUUUGACGAAAAGGAUGAUUUCGAUAAUUUUUUGUCUGUUCCAUUUAAAAGCGGAAAAGAUCAUGAAACUUCAGAAUUUAAACAAAACGAAUGUGUAGACGAAUUUUUACCAUCUCAACUUUUAUCUGAUUUACUAUCUAGUUCUCCGGGACCUCAAUCUAGAGAUAUUAAACCCACAAGUUCUUUAAGUACUUCAAAUUGGGCUGAAUUUUUAGCAGAGCUUGAUCCAUUAAACAAUUUGGAAGUACCUUCAAAACAAAUCUUAGACUUAUUAUAAACAUUUUAUAUUUUUACUACUACAUAAAAAAUAAUUAAAUAUAACUAAUAAUAAUUAUUAUAAUUUGACGAAAUUAAUUAUAUACAUUUAUAUUAAAUUUA